CUGUUAACAAUUCCGUUAGUAAUGCUAAUUAAGUUUUACGAUGCUGAGCUGACUCCCACGUGGUAGUCACCAUAUCAUAUUUUUUAAUUUUAGUUUUAUAAAAUAAAUUAUACAAUAAUUAUGAAAAGAAAAGAAAGAAAGGAAAAAUUCCGAAAAUUGAAAGAAAAAAUCGGUGGUGCUCCCUCUUCUUCUUCCUCCGCCCAUAUCUACAAGCGCUUAGUCCUCCCUCUUUUUCUUCCUCAUUUUUCCUCAUCAACACUACUUCGUCUUCCCGCCCCCUCCGCCAGGGCUUAGUCCUCCCUGUCAAGAACCAGCCGCUCCCAAUAACUCGAGUUGUUUGGAGAGGUUCAAUUGUGGAUCAUAUACAACAACACUAACCAGUUGGUCCCAAUAACUCGAGUUGUUGGGAGAAGUUUAUGCUGGAUCUUAUACCACACUCUAAUACGCCCCCUCAAACAAAAGCCAACUCAUGGGCUUGAAGUUUGCACAAGCCCACCAUACCUUGUGCUUUAAUCAAUUGUUAAUAUUGAGGGUCGUGGAGAUUCGAACACACGACCACUUGGCCAAACCAGCUCUGUUACCAUGUCAUGAACCAGUUGGUCCCAAUAACUCGAGUUGUUGGGAGAAGGUUAUGUUGGAUCUUAUACCAGACUCUAACCAGUUGAUCCCAAUAACUCGAGUUGUUGGGAGAGGUUCAAUCGUGGAUCAUAUACCACAACACUAACACGCCCCCUCAAACGAAAGCCACUCACAAGGGCUUGAAGUUUGCACAAGUCUGAAGACAAGAAUACCAUGUGCUUAACAAAUGGGGGUCACCGGGAAUCGAACACAAGUUCUCUCGGUCACAGAAGGCUCUGAUACCAUGUCAAGAACCAGUUAAUCCCAAUAACUCGAGUUGUUGGGAGAGGUUCAAUCGUGGAUCAUAUACCACAACACUAAUUCUCCCAAACCCCCUAUGCUAAUAACUCCAAACCCAAUUCCAAACCCAGCUUACCACUGCCUCUAUCCGCCGCGCAUAGGUUUCGAGGGAUGCAAUGUCGGCGAUAGUUGCGUCCGUUACUGACGCGAACAGGGGAAGGAAGAACCCAGAUCCCCAAAUCAUCUUUCGAAUCAAGCGAGUCCACUGGGUUGAGGCUUUUGAGUCUUCUCCUCCAAUGAAUAUCAAACCGUUGCAAUCGGCUUCUGGGGAUGGCUUGCGAUGCAUAAUUGAGAAGAAGCAGCGACUAUUUCUCUCUUCUCCCGCUUCAAUCACCAUCAUUGGCGAGAUUCAGUGAGAGCAGGGACCGCGAGGUUCAAGUUCAACCAUGGUUGCUGGGGCUGCGAAAAGGGGAGGAUCCAGAGAGGGUCAGAGCUUGAAGAUGUGGAUAUGGAAAGUCGAUAUGGAUUCGGAGCUUGAGGGUGAGAGCUUGGGUGCAGAUUGAUACGCAGCUGGUCUCGGUCCAUGUUGGGACUUGGCGGCGGUGGAGGAAUCAGAAGAAGAGAUUGGAAGAAGAGGUCUCUAGUGGCUAAGGAGGGUCUUCAUGGUUCGAGUUGAGAACGAUGAAGGAUUUUUUCCCCUUUCGUGGCUUUGCAGAGGAAGAAGAGGAAGGGGAGAAGAAGAUGAGGGGAAAGCAUGGAAGAAGAACGACGACCCUCCAAUUUAGGUUUUGUUUUUUUUUAUUUUAAAAUUAUUAAUCAAAAGUCAUAUGGAAAGUGAUGUGGCCGUUGACGUGGAAGUCUCCGUUACAAAACUAAUGACACUAACAUAUUGUUAAUCAUAUUUUGAUUUGCUACAAUAAUUGUCACUAAAAAUUUGUAUUUUAAUAAUUGUGGUUAUAAUUU